GGUCGGACGGAGUGCUUGGACGCAAGCGCGCAGCUCGUCCAUGCAAAUAGACUAGAAGGGGCUGCCUGACCAGGCUGCUCGCUCUCACUUCUCGCCAAGAAGUCUUUCAGUCAACAGGGGCACACCAGCGGCUGCACAAAUGGCUGACCUUGCAAAGCACGAAGUUGAACGCGCGGAGUUCGCUUUCUCCAUCUACGACAAUGAGGGCAACGGCAUCGACGCCGUCGACCUGGGCAACCUCCUGCGCGCCCUCAACCUGAACCCCACCAACGCCACCAUUGAGAAAUUGGGCGGCACCAAGAAGAAGAACGAGAAGAAGAUCAAGUUCGACGAGUUCCUCCCCAUUUUCUCCCAGUGCAAAAAGGACAAGGACCAGGGCUGCUUCGAGGACUUCAACGAGUGCUUGAAGCUGUACGACAAGGAGGAGAAUGGAAAGAUGCUUCUGGCUGAGCUUACACACACCCUCAUGUCGCUAGGCGAGCGCAUGGAAGGUGGAGAUGUUGACACCAUCAUUACCGAUUGCUGUGGACCUGAGGAUGAUGAUGGCUUCAUUGACUACGUGCCCUUCCUGAAGAGCCUUGUUGCUGGUCCCCCUGACACCAAGAAGUGAACUAUACUUUCCUCCAGAACAUGUGCUCCAAGGGAACGCAGCCAGCCGAAUAAACAAAAUCCUCUCUUGAGCAAUUUCAUUUUUCAUUUCCAAGAUGGCCCAACAGCCACAAACGCAACAACACUUUUACAUCAACGGCCAAAUUUACACCUACUACUACUACUACUACAACAAAGAUCAGUUGACUUGCAUUCGAUAACAAGAAACAAAAAAGAGAAUGCGCAGCUCGCCGUAUAUUUUCUUUUUUAAGCUGCUAUGAUAGGAAUGCAAAAUACUAUAAGAUGACAACGAUAAUAAUAAUGUUUCACGUGUAAACAUAUUUAAUAAAAUCCAAAACAAAAAUCAAA